UCCCACAUCGCGACAGGACUGCUGGUCAGCCAAACCAAGCGCUAAGAAAGCCAUAACAGCGAGAGCACGCGUCAACGCCAUUGUCGACGUGUGCGCAUGCGUAAGGGUCGUAAACUCGGGUGGCAAGAUGGUGCGGGCAAAGAUUAAGAUGCGGGAUUUGCGUGGCAAGAAGAAAGAGGAGUUGGAGAAACAGCUCGACGAUCUGAAAACUGAAUUGUCGCAGCUCCGUGUUGCGAAAGUUACUGGUGGAGCAGCGUCAAAACUAUCAAAGAUUAAGCUUGUUCGUAAAUCCAUAGCUCGAGUGCUGACUGUUAUCAACCAAACUCAACGAGAACAGUUACACAAGUUCUUUAGAGGAAAGAAGUACAAGCCUUUGGAUUUGAGGCCAAAGAAGACAAGAGCACUGCGAAGGCUGCUGACGAAGCAUGAAAGAUCAUUGAAGACCGAAAGACAGAAAAAGAAAGAUAGACACUUUUCACUUAGGGUCUAUGCAGUCAAAGAGUAGAUUGUUGUUGGUAAUAAAGUGGAGUUGUGAUGGAAGCUACCUGUCGUACUGAUUAUGAUUUCCAUAACUAGACUGCUUGUGCUUGCAUGACAUAAUUAUUAUAACCCAGCACUUGCUGUGAUGAUA